ACAGUAGACGUGUUACACAGAACCCCAUCAAGAUGGCGUGGAGGAAAGCAUUGGGUUUGCUGGCUGUCUUUGCAGUAUGCAAUGUUGUGUUCGCUGGACAGCGCACUUUAGUGUUAGUCGAUAACUGGUCAAUCAGGGAAUCACAUUCUAUAUUCUUCAAACAUCUACGAGAUGCUGGCUUUGAACUGACAUUUAAGACUGCUGAUGAUGCAACCCUGGCACUUGUCAAGUAUGGGGAGUUUCUCUAUGACAAUCUCAUCAUUUUCUCACCCUCUGUUGAAGAAUUUGGAGGCUCAGUAGAUGUGGCAGCAAUAACAAACUUUAUUGAUGGAGGAGGAAAUGUACUUGUUGCUGGCAGUUCUGAUAUAGGGGAUCCCCUGAGGGAACUAGCCACAGAGUGUGGAGUGGAGUUUGAUGAAGCCAAGACAGCUGUCAUUGAUCACCUUAAUUAUGAUGUUUCUGACCAGGGAAAGCACACACUUAUUGUGGCUAGUCCCUUAAAUUUAAUUGAUGCACCAAUGAUUGUUGGUGCAAGGGGCAAGUCUCCUUACCUUUUCCGUGGGAUCGGCAUGGUGAGUGACCCAGAAAACCCACUAGUGCUGAACGUUCUGCAUGCUUCGUCUACUGCUUACUCUCAUAACCCUGUGGAAAAGAUAGAAGAGUUUCCCCAUGCUGUGGGUACCAACACACUUCUCAUUGCUGCACUACAGGCCCGAAACAACGCUCGAGUGGUGUUUGUUGGCUCUCUGGAUUUUUUUUCAGAUGAGUUUUUCCAAUCUCAAGUGCAAAAUGCAAAUAAGGGAGAGAAAUUUGCUCGAUCAGGAAAUCAGGAGUUAGCCAGCAACCUGGCUCAGUGGGUGUUUCACCAGAAGGGUGUUCUGCGUGUUGGCAGUAUUAAACACCACCGCACAGGAGAGAAGGAGCCUCCUCAAGCCUACAUAAUCAAUGACAAUAUUGACUACUCCAUUCAGAUUGAGGAGCUGGUCAAUGGAAAAUGGCGUCCAUUCAAUGGAGAGGAUGUACAGCUGGAGUUUGUUCGCAUUGACCCAUUUGUACGAACUACCUUAAAACAUAAAGAUGGAAUAUUCUACACCAGCUUCAAGCUACCUGAUGUAUAUGGAGUGUUCCAGUUCCGGGUGGAUUACAACCGUAUUGGCUACACUCAUCUGUACAGCACGACUCAGGUGUCUGUCUGGCCUUUGCGACAUACCCAGUAUGAGCGAUACAUACCAUCAGCAUUCCCUUACUACACAUCUGCCUUUUCCAUGAUGGUUGGAGUUGUUCUCCUUAGUUUUGUGUUCCUUCAUUAUCGAGAGGACCCAAAAGAAAAGAAGGAAUAGCACUUUUAUGGAUCAGGUUCAGGCUCAUUUCAGCAUGAAAAUUGUGGGUAGAAGAAAGAUUUGCAUAAAAUAGGGUCCCACCUGCAAGAAAUUUUGUUAAGCUUUAUGGUUAUUUUAACAAGAACUGAUGUUACCAUGCUUUUGUUGGUUAAAGGGGUGGUUAUUUUUACACUGAGCUCACAUAAUGUUUAGCACCUAGUUACAAAUUGAUAACAAGACAUUUAUAAGUAUACAGUUUCAUCCUCACUUGGUUCAUGUGUCUUAAAAUAUUAUCAUGAUGAAUGGUACAUUAAAGUUUAUGUCAAAUGUU